AUAUUAAAUAUUAUAUAAUGAAUUUUAGCUAAUUUGGUUUUUUCCAUUAACGGAAUCUCUAAAUCUGAAAACCAAAACCGAAAACCAAAAUUAUUAAAAACCGGAUUUUUCAAAAACCGAAAAAAUCGAAACCGAAAUUUUCGGUUCGGUAAUUUGUUUUUAACCGAAUAAUGCUCACCCCUACCUGGGGUCAUGCUGUCAUGCAAAGAUUGGGAGUUUGGGCCUUUGGGGCAUUGGGCUUGGGCUGCUUUGUGAAGGUGCAUUAAAGAUAGGCCCCGCCCAUCCCGGAGACAAAAGGAUAUAGCCCAACACAGGCCGUCGAGCAUAUGUAAGGCCUGAACCCGAUUGGGUCUGUUGAACACCAAAUCCAGGCCCAUAAACAUCGUAUAUCUAUAAUUCUAUAUCCAGCUCUUAUUAUUCGUUGUCAGUUGCCAGUUGCCAGUUGCCACCCCACACCUCCACAAGAAACAUGUUUUCAGGAAAAAUAAAAUCAAAGAUGUUUCAGCAACUUCCGAACUCCGGAGAAAAGCUGAAAUCAAUUUUAAAAUACUCACUCACUCACGGCCCAAAAUCUACAGUCUUCAAGCUCCCCGAGUUCCGAAUUUCGGUUUAGGUUUUUGUUCUUUCAGCCCAUACCGGCCCACGAAGUGUGGGCCUUUGGAUUUCUAUUUGCUAAAGUGGGAUCCAUUGGAUUUGGACCAUUGAUUCGACGUUACGUAUAGCUGCUGUGAAAGAUGAAGCGAUUACACAUGUUUGACGGACAGUAGCGACGUAGCGUCAGCUCGAGUUUGUGGCUAAUGGAGUCGCAUCGGCAUUGCUCUUUCCUUUUCUUAUAUGAUAAAAUAAAUUUUCGAACGAUAAGCUAGUUGCAUCGUUCUAAUAGUGGCCUUCUGUUUGGUGAGCGAUUACAGACUUUACAGUUGCAUUCGUCUCAGCUCAGAGAAAGUAUGUGGGCUUCUUGGAGGCUCUCUCCUUGUUAUGCUUACAGGACACGUAAUGGGUUCUGUUGCAGAGCUGAUGGUCUGCCAAGUAAUACUGACGAGAAGAAGAAAGUUGUCGUCGUUGGUUCUGAUUGGGCUGGCCUAGCCGCUGCUCACCACCUCUGCAAGCAGGGUUUUGAUGUGACCCUCCUUGAAGCUGGAAAGUCUUCUGUAUCUAAGAACAUGUCUGCUAGCUAUGGAGAUGUAGGCAUCCAUGGCUUCUGGUAUCCCUAUCGAAAUAUAUUUUCCCUUGUUGAUGAACUGGGAAUCGAGCCUUUCACUAGCUGGACAAGAUCAGCACAAUACUCCCCAGAGGGUUUGGAGGUUGAAUUUCCAAUAUACCAAGAACAACCUGAAUUGCCAACUCCUUUGGGUCCUUUAUUUUACACACAGUUCCUUCGCCUCCCUUUGGUGGAUCGACUGACAUCACUUCCUCUGAUAGCCGCAGUCGUUGACUUUGACAACACUGACACUGCUUGGAGAAAAUAUGAUUCAAUGACUGCUAAAGAACUUUUUAAACAGUUUGGCUGCUCUGAAAGGCUUUAUCAAGAUAUUAUCAAUCCAAUGCUUCAAGUGGGCUUGUUUGCUCCAUCAGAGCAAUGUAGCGCAGCUGCAACAUUAGGAAUGCUAUAUUAUUAUGUUCUAGCUCACCAGAAACAUUUUGAUGUUAAAUGGUGUCGUGGGUCUGUUGGAGAAAAAAUUUUCAAGCCAUGGAUGGACUCAAUGAGAAAAAGAGGUUGUGAAUUUCUGGAGGGAAAAAUGGUGACAGAUUUCUCUCUGAAUGAGGAAACUGGAUGCAUUUCGGAAGUUGUGUGUGAAAAAGAGAGGUACAAGGCUGAUGCAGUUGUCCUUGCCAUUGGAAUUUCCAGUCUUCAGAAAAUUGUUAUCAAUAGUUCAGUUCUACAAUCAAAAGGGGAGUUUCUGAGAAUUUUGAACUUGUCAGGCAUCGAUGUGCUCACUGUUAGACUGCAUCUUGAUAGGAAGGUUAACAUUCCAAAAGCAUGCAAUAUUUGCUGUGGUUUUGAUGAUUCAAGUGGGUGGACUUUCUUUGACUUGAAUGCUAUUUAUGAUGAGUACCGGGACAAUCAAGUGACAAUAAUAGAAGCAGACUUUUAUCAUGCAAAUCAAUUGCUUCCACUUAAGGAUGACCAGAUAGCAUCAAAAGUGAUGUCUUUCCUUUCACUGUGCGUUAAAGACAUUGAAGAUGCUACUGUGGUUGAGAAAGAAGUGGGUAGUCCUAAAUCCUUGACUCACUUCUUUCCAGGUUCUUACAAUUACAUGAUGCGUGGGUCAACAACUUUUCCAAACUUGUUCAUGGCUGGAGACUGGAUAAUAACUCGACAUGGAUCAUGGUCACAGGAGAAAGCUUAUGUCACAGGUCUUGAAGCCGCCAAUAGGGUGGUCGACUACUUUGGGGAGGGAAAUUUUGCAAAAAUUAUAGCAGUGGGGGAAGACGAGCCCCAUAUUGAAACUCUUCGCAGCCUCAACAGCUCCAUAAAUGAGUUAAGAGCACAACUGCCCUUGUCUGAUUAUUUUCUCCAGUAGCAAUUUAACUCCCUAUCUGUGAUUCUCUAGAUUCAAUGUUGACUACGUAUAAGCAGUAAAAAAUAUAAAAGAAAAUGAUUUAUAUUUGAGUAUUUCAAUUUUC